AUGCGAGCUCGUGCAAAAAGACGGCGCCGGCGUUCGGCAGUGCAGGCAGAGGAGUACGACCUGGCUGACAAGCGCCAGCUGGCAGCCUUCCUCCAAGAUGCGGACAUCCAGCUGGGUGGCCGCCAGGGCACUUGGAGGAUCUCCCCGGACGCUUUCCGCAUCAUCGUGAGGAACCUCAAAGGGGACCGUUUCACCGUGGACAUGCUCCAGGCAGAGAACAUGUGUGCCCAGCUCAGUUUGUGGCAGCAUGUGGCCGAGCAACUGGGCCAGGACGUUUUGCAGGAGGUUCUCCCGGAUCGCAGGAAGCUGAGCGUCGGCUGUGCCAGUGCGAUUUCGGAAAGAUGGUUGUUGGUGGACGCUUCUCUGCGGAGGCCAGGGGCUGCUGAGCUGCGAGGACUUGGCACGAUGCCUCCGCCGCCCGGAUCCAGCUCCAGAGCCGGAAGAGGCCGGGGCGUGGACGUGAGCGAGCGUUUUCACGCGGCUCCGCGACAAUGCCUGUGCCAGCCCAAGCGCUACGACCUGGCGCAGAAAAAGGGCCUGGCGGACUUCCUGAUAGAUGCGGACAUCCGCCUCGUUCGCACCCCGGUGCGAGCCGACUUCAUUCUGAAGCUGCGGCGUGAAGGACAGCGGCUCCCGCGGCGCCAGGAAGCGGAGUCCGCCUACGUGGACAGCCGCACGGCACUCGUGACGCACGAGGAGGUCCAAGCCUGGGCCAAGGCACCAGAGGGCGCACCAGACAGCGCGGAGAUAGUCUCGCUGUCCCAUUGCUGGGAGUCGCGAGAACAUUGUGAUCCGUAUGGAUACCAGGUCGCCAAGCUAGCCAAGGCUCUUACAGGAAAGGAGUGGGUCUUCAUCGACUACGUUUCUUUGUAUCAGUUCCAGCGACUCCUCCGGAUGCAGAAUGUCAGCUUCGGGCGUGCGAUGCAGCACAUGCACGUGCUGUACUGCCAUGAGAAAUCAAGCACGCUCCGAAUUGAGUCUCUGACGCCGGAAGCCGACAUAGCAGAAGCCGAGCCAAAAGAAGAGUGCGUCAGGAUGUAUCACCACCCCAGCGGUCUGGUGAAACCAGUGCCGGUCACACAAUUGCAAAAGAAUCGCACCGCAUACAGGCAUCGAGGUUGGUGUGCCGCGGAGCGUGAGUGGUCCAGCACACGGACGGCCACCAACCUUUCGCGUGAAGUAGACGCCCUCGAAGGCGAGAAGGGGGGAAUCGCCCCGAUGUUGCCGGAGGCAUUUCGAGAGAACGUGGCACGCCAACUUAAAUUCACACAUUUGGAUGACGUAGAGACCGUCUGCAGGUUGCAAGCGGAAGUGUACAAAGAGAAGGCAGAGAUGUGCAGGAGCCUGAGGCUCGUAGAUUUGGGCGCGGACGCACUCGGCAUCGCCCUGUCGUCUCUGGAGAACUACCCCAACCUGGAGAGCCUCGGCACGCAACAGCACUGCCCUGGGCGUGACAUGUUUGACGGCCCAGCUGGCGCAGCAGCCCUGGUGCAGAGCCUGCAGAUGCUGCACGAGCUGACGGAGCUCUGGGUUGAUCUGACGCACAACAACAAGCUCAGCCCGGGGCCUCGGAGAGCUGCUGCGGAGAGGAGCCUCCACGUCCGGCGCUGUCCGCAGAGCGAGGAAGAGAAGAUGCAGCUCCGCGCCAGCUUCGAUGCGCUGCCAGUGGGCGAGAAGACGAUCAACCUUUGA